UCCCUUUUGCGAUUCAGAUCCAAUCCAGAUGUGUUUGAAUCUCGUCUGGAGAAAAGAAGUGAAGUGAAAAAGCAACCAGUGGGAUAUUCCAAGCAAGGAGAAUUUGUCAGAUGCAUGGAGGAAAAGGUAGAAGGCUUGGGCACAAAGUCAUCAAAGGGAGGAUUCACAAAGGAUAAGACGCUUGAUUCAAUCCUUAAUGUUGAGAUGGUGAAAGAAAAAUCAGCGGAGGAGAUAAAACAGAUUUGGAAUCAGUAUUUUUCUGCCAAAGAUACGGUUUAUGCUGUUAUUCCUGCAGAGAAGUUUGAUUUAAUAUGGAAGAGAGCCCAGAAAUGUCCAUCGUUUCUGUAUGCUUUGCCAAGAAAAGAAGGCUAUGAGUUCUUUGUGGGGCAGUGGUCAGGAACAGAAUUGCACUUCACUUCGCUAAUAAACAUUCAGACUCAAGGUGAAACUGCUCCUAGCCAGCUGGUCUUGUACCAUUACCCUGAGCUGCAGAAGGAAAAAGGGAUAGUACUAAUGACAGCAGAAAUGGACUCCAAGUUCUUGGUGGUCCAUGAAGCGCAGUGCUUGGCGAAUCAGGUCCAGCUUUUCUAUGCAACUGAUCGUUCCCAGACCUAUGAAUUAGUGGAGACCUUCAACCACAGAUCUAAUGAAUUUAAAUAUAUGUCAGUUAUAGCAGAGCUUGAGCAAAGUGGACUUGGAAGGGAACUGAGACCUGGUCAGGUUUCUGACAAGUCGUAGAGCCUGACCUGCAGCUGAAGCCAGCCAGCAGCAGGCAGGGGGCUUCCUGGAUGGGGUGGUCCUGUCUCUGUUGUUUUACAGAUUUGGUUUGGCUACAGAAAGGAUCUAGAAUGUGAUAGAGAAACCUGUCUGGCAAUGAUGCAAGAUGAAGGCUUGGGCCAUUUGAACAACAAUAAAUAACUAAUUGCCAAAAUGGAGCCCUGCAGUGUAACUUCAUCAGAAUGAGCCAUUUUCCCAUCCUGCUGCAUACUGUAUUUUUUGAAAUCUUAAAUAAAGUGACA